GCUUACUUAUCUAUUUCUCAAGCCAUUCCUCGACCUCAGUCUUCCUUGACCGAGAUAAACACCGCCCUUCCUUUCCUUUUUUAAGAAGUGUUUUUAGGUUUUGUUUUUUGAGAAGUGCUUAUGAUGGCAUCCAACUCACUCACUUCCUCGAGAAGCUCUAGCUCCUCCUGGACUCCUAAGCAAAACAAACAGUUUGAAAAGGCCCUGGCUUUGUACGACAAGGACACCCCUGACCGCUGGCAGAAGGUUGCGAGAGCAGUCGGUGGGAAGUCUGCUGAGGAGGUGAAGAGGCACUAUGAGAUCCUCAUUGAAGAUGUCAAGCACAUUGAGUCUGGCAGAGUUCCGUUUCCUGAUUAUAGAGGGGAAUAAUGUUAAGUCUUCUCUUGGGAGUUUGAAUGACAAAGGCUCUUGAAGUUUAUGAUAUCUAUCGUUUCCAUUAAGUUCAAGAAGCAAAGUUGUGAACAUUAGCAGAUGCAGAUGUGUAUGUAUGUAUGUAUGUAUGUAUGCAAAGAAAGCAGUUGGGUUUCAUGCAGUUAAAUUAACCAUUGAUGUGGAUUUCGAUCAGUGUACGAAGUACCAUCUAUUGGGUCUAUGAAAUUCAAUACUGCUACGUACAAUUAUAUAUGACGUUUGCAAAAAGCAUAUUCGCUUUA